GCUGCGUCACAUGACUCGGCGUUGAGCGCCUUCACUCUGCUCAGAAGGGACGUAUCCGCGCGUCCUGCGGGAGAAACUCCGAAACUUACGCAUCGCGCUGUCAGUGUCGCGUUUUCUCCUGUUCUAGCGAGUCCGAUAAGCGUCGCUCAGCUGGUUGUGCUCGGGGAGAGCCCCGCAGAAGCGAUCAAACAUGCCGGUCCGUACCGACUGCUGUCAGGGCUCGUCGCUGGCCUGCAUGGCCUCGGCCUCUCUCGUUCCGCCCCCGCCGAUCAAUACCCAUCAGCCCGGCGUCAACACCUCUCUACUCUACAGCGGCUCCCAGUUCCGCGGCUACCAGAAGAGCAAAGGAAACUCGUACGACGUCGAGGUGGUUCUGCAGCAUGUGACCAUGGAGGACUCGUACCUGUGUGGAUACCUCAAGAUCAAAGGUCUGACAGAGGAAUAUCCCACGCUUACUACAUUCUUUGCAGGGGAGAUCAUAAGCAAGAAACGGCCUUUUUUAACCAGGAAAUGGGACGCGGAUGAGGAUGUCGACCGAAAACACUGGGGGAAGUUUCAAGCAUUUUACCAGUACGCAAAAAGCUUUAAUUCAGAUGAUUUUGACUAUGAAGAACUAAAGAAUAGUGACUACGUCUUCAUGCGGUGGAAGGAGCAGUUCUUAGUUCCAGAUCACACAAUCAAAGACAUCAGCGGUGCUUCCUUCGCUGGCUUCUACUACAUCUGUUUCCAGAAGUCAACAGCCACCAUAGAGGGUUACUACUAUCACAGAAGCUCUGAAUGGUAUCAGUCUUUGAACCUCACACACGUCCCAGAACACAGCGCACCCAUCUACGAGUUCCGGUGACACUGGAGUCCUCGUGUCACAGCAAGAGGUGAAUCUACAUCGGACAGAGGAAAUGGACAUGAGAGAAAGGGAGGAACUGUCUAAUGAUUACGCCCAGGACUCGGCUGUCCUCUCCCCUCAAUGAAAGCAUAAAACGGAGGUACAGAUGAUGGAGAACUCUUUCAGGAGACUGACUACACAGGCCGAUCAAGCGACUGGAAUUCGGGGAUUCGCAGCAGUGUUAGCGUUUUGGUUUUCCUUUUAUGUUUCUGAGUUUUUAACGCUUCUGUCCUCCGAUCGUCUUAGAAAACUAUUUUUAUCCUUCAGGUUUGGGGAUUAAAAUCACAGUUUUUCUUUGCCCUGGAUGGAAGAGCCAAUGGUGAUAUUUUCUUCAUUUUUCUUCAUUUUUCGCCUUGUAAUUUGAUAAAACAGCAUGGCCAAUCUAGAAGUUUUGAAAAUUUGUUUUAAUUUAUUUUUUAAUCAUUCUGUAUGAAAAGACUGUGAGCGGGACGGUGUAUGCAGGCACUGGGACGUCUUUUGAAGACGUAUCAAAAAUUCAGUGUGCGAUACUAUGGAUAUGGAGAGUUGCUAUUGUCUGUGGCUUGCUUGGCCCUCAGACGUUGUUUUUUAUUAACGUAAGGUGUAUCAUCAAAAGUCUCAUAUAUAACAGCUGGGUCCUUCGCUUCUAUGUGUGAUAUAUUUUUUAUGAUGAAAUGAAGUGGAGUCUGGUGUUUUGGAAAGAGGUAUAUAUAUUAUCCCAUAGUGGUAAAGCUAUUUGUAAAGCUGCUUUGGAUGAAACAUUUUUUUUUUUUUUUCUGAUUUUUGGGGGAAAAAAAAAAUCUGUCGGUAGUUUUACGCUCCUUGUUUUGCUAUGCAACCUGAAAAAUCUCAGCUUAUAAGAAUCUCAAGUAUAUGGAAGCCUGUUUUUCACCAUGCAAUAUGAACGUAAAAGUAAUUGUGACAUUAUUACACAAUUCUUAAUUUAUUUAUGGCAGUUCUAAGUUUAUAUCUCGUAAUGUUUGGUUAACGUUUCACAAUUCUGACCUUUUUCCCGGGAAUUAGCAAAUUUAAAUCUCACAAUUUUUUCUUUUCUAUUUUUUUCUCGGAAUUCAAAGUUAACAUCUUGCGAUUCUGUUUUUUUUUUUUUUCCUUAAAUUUUCAGGUUAAUAUCUCAUAACUGACUUUUUUAUCUCAGAAUUUCAGGAAAAGAAGUCAGAAUUCCAAGACAUAAAUGUGAAAUUCUAAGGAAAAAAGUCAGAAUUAAUGGUAACUCUGAAUUCAGAAUCUCGCAGUUUCAGAAUUUUACAGUUAUGUCUCACAGUUCUGUCUUUUUCUUUUCUGGAAUUUAUAGUUAACAUCUCACAAUUGUGACUAUUUUUCUGGGAAUUUGCAGGUUUAAAUCUCGCAGUUUUUACUUUUUUCUUGGAAUUCAGAGUUAAUGUCUUGUGAUAUAUUAUUAUUAUUUUAUUUUUUUUAGAUUUUUGUUUUUAGAUCCUUAGAUUUUCAAGUUUCUAUCUAAUAUAUAUAUAUAUAUAUAUAUAUAUAUAUAUAUAUAUAUAUAUAUAUAUAUAUAUAUAUAUAUAUAAUUAUUAUUUUUAUUUAUUUUUUUUAUUUAUUUAUUUUUUUUUUUCAAAUUUACAUCACAGAAAUCCAGGAAAAGAAAAGGUUAGAAUUUCAAGACAUAGAUGUGAAAUUCCAAGGGAAAAAAAGUCAGAGUUGCAAGAUGUUAUCUCUGAAUUCCCAAUCUCACAAUUCUGCAUUUUUCCUUGGAAUUUUUAUGUCUCGCAAUUCUGACUUUUUCUUUCCCCGAAUUCUGAGUUAACAUCUCAAUUUUGACUCAGAAUUCCAAGUUAUCAUUUUGCAAUUCUGAUAUUUUUCCUUAGAAUUUCAAGUUUAUAUCUCAUAACUUAGUUUUUUUUGUUGUUGUUUGUCGUGAUUUCAAAUUUACAUCUCAGAAUUCUAGAAAAGAAAAAGUCAGAAUUCCAAGACAUAAAUGUGAAAUUCCAAGGAAAAAAGUCAGAAUUGUGAGAAUCUUCUCUGAAUCUUCCAAAUCUCGGAAUUUUGACUUUUUUUUCUUGUAAUUCCGAAUCUGUAUCUCACAAUUCUGACUUUUUUCCUUGGAAUUUCACAUUUAUAUCUUGCAGUUCUGACUUUUUCUUUUCCGGAAUUUGGAGUUAACAUCUCACAAUUGUGACCUUUUUCCUGGGAAUUUGCAAGUUUAAAUCUUGUAUACUUCUUUUUUUCCCCAUUGGAAUUCAGAGUUAACAUUUUCCCUUAUAUUUUCAAAUUUGUGUCUCAUAACUUGGCCUUUUUGUAUCAGAAUUUCAAGAAAAGAAAACGUCAGAAUUCCAAGACAUAAAUGUGAAAUUCCAAGGAAAAAAGUCAGAAUUGCAAGAUGUUAACUCUGAAUUCCCCAUCUCACAAUUCUGAAUUUUUUCCUUGGAAUUUCACUUUUAUGUCUUGCAAUUCUGACUUUUUCCUGGAAUCAUGAGUUAACAUCUCACUAUUCUAACUUUUUUUUUUUUUUUUUAAA